AUGGUAGUUAAAACACUUCAUUGUGUAAUAGUGAUUGAUGCAGUUUUUAACCAAUUAUUCCCAAUCUUAGGAAAUAGUACUUUAAUCUCGCCUGAAGAAACUCCAAGCAAAUGGCAUUUAUCAUACUCAUGGGGUUUCCCUUAUAGGUUUCUUGAAGGGGAAAAUCUUAGUCGAAGAAAAUUCAUUCAUAAAAUUGGCGGUCGUAAAGAUCCAUUAGCUUAUUAUAGUGGUAUGUUAGUUAAUGGACACCAAAAUAAAAAAGUUGAUCCAAUGGGUGGUUGUGCUAUUAGUAUGAGUUCAGCCCAUGCCAUGCCUCCUAAAAUCUUUGAAAUACACAAACAAUAUAAGCAUCGCAUUGCAAUGGAUAUCACUGCAAUGGAUUCAACCAUGACUUACUCCUACGAUUUUUUCAAAUAUAAUUACAUUAUCGCAUACGGUGAUGAUAAUGUUCUCAGUUCAAAUUGCUUUAAUGAUAAAUGGAAUACAGAGAAAAUUAGUGAAUAUUUUGCUCAAAGAGGAAUAUCGCUAAGGACAGAGGAAGAGACAAAAAAUUCAUUAAAUG